UCACACGUUUGGACGACUUGCACCUUCUCUUCAGUAACUUUGAUGGGGACUUCGACAUUAAGCAGGGAAAAUGCCUGUGAUGAAGGGAUUAUUAGCGCCGCAGAACACGUUUCUGGACACUAUAGCCACACGGUUUGAUGGCACCCACAGCAACUUCAUCCUGGCCAAUGCUCAGGUGUCAAAGGGCUUUCCCAUUGUCUACUGCUCCGAUGGCUUUUGCGAGCUCACAGGAUUCUCCCGGGCGGAGGUCAUGCAGAAGAGCUGUGCCUGUAAAUUCCUUUACGGGCCCGAGACCAGCGAAAGCAUCAUCCUUAGCAUCGAUGACGCCUUGGAGGAGCGCAAGGAGUUCAAGGAUGAGAUCAUGUUCUACAAAAAGACAGCGGUGCUGUUCUGGUGCCUGCUGGACAUCGUGCCAAUUAAGAACGAGAAGGGAGAUGUGGUGCUCUUUCUGGCUUCAUUUAAGGACAUCACCGACACUAAAGCUAAAGCCAUCCAAGAGGACAAGAAGGAAGAGCGGCGGCGCGGCAGGGUGAAAACAGGCUCUCCAUUCAGCUCGGCUCGUCUGCGGAGCAGCACAGUGCUCUACCACAUCUCUGGUCACCUCCACAGCCGAGAGAAGAGCAAGAUUAAGCUCAACAAGAAUGUGUUUGGGGACCCACCUGCUCUACCAGAGUACAAGGUGGCAGAUGCCAAGAAGUCCAAAUUUAUCUUACUGCACUACAGCACAUUCAAGGCUGGUUGGGACUGGUUGAUUCUGCUUGCCACGUUCUACGUUGCUGUGACGGUGCCCUACAACGUGUGCUUCAUUGGCGAUGAUGAUGACCUGACCCGCAGCACAACUGUCAGCGACAUCGCAGUGGAGAUACUGUUCAUCAUAGACAUUGUUUUCAAUUUUCGCACCACUUAUGUCAGCAAGUCGGGCCAGGUGAUCUUUGACGCUCGACAGAUCUGCAUCCACUACCUGACCACAUGGUUCAUCAUCGACCUGGUGGCUGCGUUGCCCUUUGACCUGCUCUAUGCCUUCAAAGUCAGCGUGGUGUCUGUGGUCCACCUGCUAAAAACGGUACGUCUGCUCCGCCUGCUGCGUCUGCUCCAGAAGAUGGACCGCUACUCACAGCACAGCACGGUAGUCCUCACCCUGCUGAUGUCCAUGUUCGCCCUGCUGGCCCACUGGAUGGCCUGCAUCUGGUACAUCAUCGGCAAGAUGGAAAUGGAGGCCAACACCUACAACUGGGAAAUCGGAUGGCUCCACGAGUUGGGGAAGCGGCUGGAAUUGCCGUACUACACCAUAGAAGGUGUGAACGGGACCGGCAGCGGUCCCUCCAUCAGGAGCGUCUACGUGGCAUCACUCUACUUCACCCUCAGCAGUCUGACCAGUGUGGGCUUCGGCAAUGUGUCGGCCAACACUGACGCCGAAAAGAUCUUCUCUAUUUGUGUUAUGCUCAUAGGAGCACUGAUGCACGCCUUGGUCUUUGGUAACGUGACAGCCAUUAUCCAGAGGAUGUACUCGCGCUGGUCCCAAUAUCACACCAGAACCAAAGACCUCAAGGACUUCAUACGUGUCCAUCAUCUGCCGCAGAGCCUCAAGCAGCGGAUGCUGGAGUAUUUUCAGACAACCUGGUCGGUCAACAACGGCAUCGACUGUAACGAGCUGCUGAAGGACUUUCCGGAUGAGCUGCGAUCCGACAUCACCAUGCACCUUAACAAGGAGAUACUGGAGCUGUCGUUGUUUGCCUCCGCCAGUCGCGGCUGCCUGCGCUCCCUGUCUCUGCACAUCAAGACCUCCUUCUGCGCUCCGGGAGAGUACCUCCUCCGGCAGGGUGACGCUCUCCAGGCCAUCUUCUUCGUCUGCUCGGGGUCCAUGGAGGUGCUGAAGGACGGCAUGGUGCUAGCCAUCCUGGGCAAAGGUGACCUAAUCGGGGCAAACCUGUCCUUAGAUGACCGAGUGAUAAAAACCAACGCGGACGUGAAAGCCCUGACCUACUGCGACCUGCAGUGUAUCAACCUGAAGGGACUGUACGAGGUGUUGGACCUCUACCCAGAAUACUCCCACCACUUCGUCCAGGACAUCCAGCAGGACCUCACAUACAACCUGAGGGAAGGACAUGAGACACACGUUAAGGCCAGGCUGUCCACAACAGCUCUAGAUACUCAGUCAGGGGUGAGAAGGAACGGGCGAGUGGUUCAGGGCCAUCCGCCCAUCAUCGAGGCUCAGGAGGAACACGAAGACAACCAUGAAGAAGAGGAGGAGGAGGAAGAUGAGGCCAUGUCUGUGUCUCUGUCAUUGGAGCGGAACCGAGUUGUGAACCUCAGGGACUCCGGUGGGAAGUCUCUACUGGGCCAACCCAGCCAGAAGACCACAGGACAGAGCUCCAAGAGGUCUCGGAGGAAGAUCCAGGAAAUUACUCUCACCACUUUAGAUCCUUCCAACCUCAGCCCCAGGAUCGUGGACGGUACUGAAGACAGUGAGGGGACAGAGAGUUCCUUGGCCUUCUCUUUCUCCACCGCCCAAGGAUGUCCUGUCAAUGAACCAACCAGUGCCUCGGCAACAGCCACAGAUAUGCUGCAGAUCAGCACAGCAGAGUUAGCAGUGAAAGCAGAGGAGACCAGGGGACAACUGCGACAUCUUGAUCAGCAGGUGAGCACCCUGGGGAGAGAAGUGGCUGACCUUGGACGAGUCAUGAAGAGAAUGGCUCAACUCAUGGAGACCCUCUUGUCGUCAGUGCCACCACCUCCAGUGGUCUGCCCAACGCACUACUCGCCGGUGCACCACACGUACCUGCCCCACCCUAACCCUCCUCAGUCUUACCCUUCACCAUCUCAAACUGCCUCUGUUUGGACAGACACGCCCAUGUCACUGCCCUCCUCCCCCCUCACAGUCCCCCUGCAACACAGUGCUAUAUGCCACAUGGACCCCCUCACACACAGACCCCAGGAUCUCCAGCUGGGGUACCCGGCUAACCCCAGCUCAACUCCACCUCCGACCCCCAACUCAUCAGCCCUUCAAUUACAGCCUCACAUGCCUUCCUCGCCUCUCAGCUCACCAGAGAUUUCCCACUACACAGACGGGGCUUGCAGCUCCAUCAGGUCACGGGUGCACAGUCCGCCUCCGCAGGACGGGGGAGAUGAGGGCCCUCAUCAGAGCUCUGGGUGCCCUCCUCAAAUUGGACUAGAGGGGACCUACCACAAGCCUACCGGGGGUUUGUAGCAGCCCUCCAUCUGAACUCUGCAGGACUUUUUCCAGGACAUUUUUUUGGGAUAUGUUCCUGAACUGAUCAACCAGGGGUGUCCCCCCACCCCCACGCCCAUAUCACUGCAGGACAUUUGCAGGGACGCAACUCAGAUUCCUUUUGUUUUAAAGGCACGUGUUUUAAAAAUCCAGUUGCAUGAAAACAAGUACAGAAGGUUUAGGUGUGUUAGCUUUACCUUAUAGAAACGUAGUGAUGUUAGAGAGGAUGUAGAGGUUUGGGUCAGCUGCAGAGCAGUGUGAUGGCAGCUCUGUGGGUACAGCUCACCUCCAACCCACAACCCACCCACUUUGAGGCUCCUUCAGAGAGCAACAGCAGGGAUUAUGCCAUAAUGGAUGACAAGAGGGGGUUAUGGUGGAGGAGGAGGAGGAGGAGGGUUCUUUCUGUCCUGUCUUUUCUUGCUCCUGGCUAGAGAUGGUCGGCUGGGUUGGUCAGAGGAAAAGAAAGCAUCAUGAAUAGUGGUGUUGGGCUUUGGAGACAAGGAGGGGAGGGGAUUGGGGCAGUUAAUAGUUUCUCCCAACCCCCUACCUAUCUCUGCCAUUUCCUCUCCUUUUAACCCUUCUUUCCUUGCUCAGUCAACCCGUGCCUGAUGCUCUGGAUUUCCUGGACCAGUGCGUGGCUGGUUGGAGCUGGUUGUAUUGGGAGCACAGGAUGGUGUGAGCGGAGACAUGGGACGUAUUGUGCUCUUUACCGCUGCCCCUCAGGGAAUGGGGGGCAGAGGGGUAGAGGAUGGAAGAAGUUGGCUAUAGAAGUGAUGGGGGGGUGGGGGCGGGGGGAGUGUGUUAGGCCUCGGGCAGCACAGCCCCUGCUGUCGUCUGUCACACUGAGCACAGGGACUCUUUCUCCCUCUCCGUUUCUCUUUUCCGCUCUUUCUCUCCAUACACCUACCACUCUCUCUCUCUCCUUCCUUCUCCCUCCUUCUUUCUCUUUCUCUCUGCAUGCCUUUACAUGGAGCCUUUUGAGUAGUGCCUGUAGACACACAUUAACAUGCUGCAUGUCACCCUGUGGAAAUCCAGCUUGCCAUUUAUCUAUCUAUUUAAAGGAAACACGGUUCAUUCUUUUAAUAGCUGAACCUGGCAUUUACUGAUGCAUAUUUAUUGGAUGUGGGCUCAGUUUUAAACAACUGGGCAAUUUUUAGGAACAAGGUAGUCGCCCCUGUUGUGAAGUGGCCUGGAGCAAACCACCAAUACUAAAUUGGUUCACGAUCCACAAUAUAAGCCGUUUUCCCCAAAUCGUCACCCAGGGUUACCAACUCUUGAGAUCCAUUUUCUCAGCUCUUUCUGAGCGAAGGCAAUAUUCCCACAUAAAAGCACAAUAAGGAAAUAAAGACGCUUUUAUAUUUCUAUGAAUGUAUCAAUACUAAAGAUGUAUUUUUUUACCUCAAAGAAUGCAAGAGUGUGGGAUGGCAGUAAGUGAUGCUACUGUAUCUGAGGUUAUGGCAGCAGUGCUGUUUGCUGGUACCAGCCAAUGCAAUCCUAAACCAGGAAAAAAGAGGUCAUAACUCUCGGCCCGACAGAUCUACUGUUCUCUUUUGGAUUCAUGUAGGUUUGACUCUGCUUCUCUGCAAAUGGAAUGUACUGUAAUCAAACUUCUUUUUUUCCCUUAACAUUUUGAUAUUUAUUAGAUACAAAAAAACCUGUUAUGCUAAUAAACGACAAAUAUGACUGUUA